AUGACACUGGCGAACUAUUUCCUUUUCGUUUCGAUAUUUCUUGAUAUCUGCAGUUUGAAAUUAGCCGCAGACUGUCAGAGAGGAUGCGAACAAAGCAGAGGAAGUAUUGGUAAAACGGGAAUGAAAAAUCUGGCUAUGCAAGGACACAGCUUUAGAAAUUACACGCUGUCGAAACCGUAUGACUGUCAUGUAAAAUGCUUUGAGGAGAAAUGUAAAUGCCAAGCGUACCAAAUAAGGGAAAAUCGAUGCGAGUUGCUUGAUGAAGACAGAUUUUCUGCUCCUGAAGACUUUCUCAAGGAAAAAGGAUACACGUAUUAUGAUAUGAAUAGAGAAUACGUCAAUCAGGUAACCAGUGAAAUCUAAUGUCGAAUGUCUCCGGCUUUGCCAAAGAUAGGCAUUGAUUUCUUUUGAGAUUUUAAGGUACACACAUGCGUACGAGGUUCCAGAACACCCUUCCACAAAAUUCCUGGCGUGAGAUUGUAAGUUAGUAUUUUAGGAACUUUUUGAUAUUUUUGUUUCAUCGAAAUUUUAGUCUAUGAUAGAGGAAUGUAUAUUGGUCAUAUCAUGACUGCCGCUUAAAAUUAAAGCUAGCUAAGCGUGUGUGCGCUAAUUUUAGAAAGUCGAUAAUGGCGUGACCUUGUAAAUUAGUGUUUUAGUCUUUUUGCGUUCGAGUAACGACAACGCAACCCCUAAUUUGUGUUGGGUGUUCUGUGCAUUAUUGAGUGCCCUCUGCAAUUAAUAAGAGAAGUUUUUUCGAGAUUGCGUUUGUCGUAGUCGUCGACACUCAUUUGCCUCGCUUUGAGGCGCUUGCUUACGUCUUGCCUCACUUUGACGAACUAACUCACGUGGUGAUUCGUGCGUCCUUCUUUUAUUCUGUCUUCGUAAAGCGUUCAUCUUUCAAAAGUUUGCUGAAUCUUCGUAAAGCGUACAUAUUUCAAGUAAUAUAUCAAACAUGAGAUGCAGUGUUUCAUCACCAGAUGAAACACCGAGAAGAGAGUUGAAAAUACGACGCGCAGCGGAGUAUUUUUGACGAACUUCGAGGUGUUUCAUCCGGUGAAGAAACACUGUGUCGAAUGUUUGAUAUUUCUUCUCAAACAAAAUCAUUUUUGAAGGAGAAAUUAAGGAUGCAAAUACUAAGCAGUGUUUCAUCCGAUUUCCAAACACUCAUUAAACAUUAAUUUCCUUUAUAUUUUCUUAAUGAAUUAUUAAUGAGUUUGAGAAGAGUUUGCUGAAUGUCUACUAUCGAUCUGUGUUUGCUGAAUCUUUCAAAACGUUUAUCUUUCAAAAGUUUCGGCGGUCGUUUGUGCCACAAAGUAAAUCUGCCGAGUUGUGUAGCUCGGCGGCCGUUGUGCCACAAAGUAAAUCUCCCGGGAUGCGAAGCUCGGCGGCGCCAUUUGAUCAUGACUUGUGAUAUUUUCGGCACCGGACAAAGGAACAUUUUAGGCCUAUGUUAUUUAUUCCGAAAAACUUAUAAACAGCCCACAGUAGCUCCACUCAAGUCACUGAAAUCAACAUACUCGACCAAGCUACUGCACUUAUUGAGACGGACCAUACGAUAUCACUAGCCUUCAAGGUUUUUUCAUAAUGAUACACAGUUUAAAUAUAGGUUUCGCUGUAAACAAUCCUUACGUUUAAAAUCUGGUAUAAUCAAAUUAAAGCCCGGUUUCCACAUGAUCGUUCCCUGCUAGCAGAGGUCUCUCACGACGAGGCAACAGUGAGAGAAAGGAGAGAGACCUCUGCCGGCUUCCGACGCGUUGUUUGAUGAAGCCGCCGACCAGAUUUCUGGUCGAAACUUACCGGUUUUUAAAACCGGUUACGUUUAAUGUGUAAUGCGCUUGCCUUGUUAAACUGUACGCUGACAAUUAUUGAGCCCACAGUGAAUUAUGGCUUCCAUGAGAUCCGCGAGUUUCCAAAUUUCUCACUUUGAUCAAGCCAUAAAAUCAUCCCUUUCUAAGCUUGGCGACAAACGUAUUUAUAAAAGAAAUAACUUCCCUACAAAGAAAAGUCUUACUUGGUUUCCUAAUAAUAGAAUAAUAAUAAUAAUAAUAAUAAUAAUAGAAUAAUAAAAGAGCAAAAUCGCUGGGAGAUAUCCUCGUUAGAGCAAAACUAUAAGGUCACGUAUCACACUAUCACGAGCUUAUUAGUCGUGUUUGGCCUGUCAACACCUUUCACCUUUAAAAUCUAAACCACACAAAAGGCAUCUAACGUCUUUUCCAGACCCAACUGGUUUAAUGGGCGUCCGAGGCGACGCGCUUUCCCCAAAUUUGCGAGACUGUGGAGUUCUCGGCAUCGUUUCACGUUGCGAAGAAUUCUCCACAACAUAUACCCCCGCCUUCAGCUGAAGUUUCGCGGGCAAACCGGUUCUGUGGGUUGUGUCGCACGUGAGAAAAACGUCACUGGUUGUUAAGGAAACGCCAGCGCAUGCGUGAUAGGAAAGGCGUCGGAAGCCGGCAGAGGUCUCUCUCCUUUCUCUCAUUUUUGCCUCGUCUUGAGAGACCUCUGCUAGCAGGGAAACAUGAUCGCUACCAUCGCUGUGAUCGCUGCGAUCGCUAAGAAAAAAAACUUCAGCGAUCGCAGCGAUCAGUUCCGAUUACUCCAAGUAAUAUUUUUAUUUAAAUUUUAGUCUAUGAUAGUGGAAUGUAAAUUCGUCACAUGUUAAUAAAGAUUUUUAUUAUAAGAUAGACAGAGAGACUGUCGAGAUUAUACUUAAUCAGAGGACUAUAAUGAUUGCAUUUCGGCUUUAUUCAUUAUUACCUCGUCAUGUUUAUAAAACAGGUUCCAAUCUUUAGAUAGAAAUGCACUAUUUUGGAAGGUUGAAGUUUUGAAAAGGAGGUUAAAAUGCUUUUCAGUUUUCAAAUCUCGUGUUGCUUUUUAAGGAUGUGGUACUUCAAAAUCUUGUUCCUUAAUUUUCAGCACCCUCUUUUCUUGAGGGACCCCUUUAUGUCCCUCUUGAAAUUAAGAACUUUUGGGUACACUUCCCCUCAUGGUGCAGAUUGUUCGAAUCCUAAAAAUAUUGGAUGGAUGAACAAUAUCUGUAACUCACAAAAACACAACAAUGUGGAGGAAAAAAUAGCUUUCUGGAUUUUUCUUGUGCUUAACUCUCUGCGCGCCGAGCUCUUUACAAAAACAUUCCCAAAUUAAUGACAGUUUAUAAAGCAAGGUAGUUGAUUCAACAGAGUAUAUAUUUCGGCAUUUGUAUGAAGUUGGGCAAACCUAAAAGCGGAGCUUUCACCAAAAUUCAUAAGAAGGAAAUAUCUUUUAAAGCACAUUGUAAAAAAGAGAGGGUCUUGCAAAUAAUAAAUAGAGGAUAUUACAUGGUGGCGCGAAGAUAUGAAUUUUAUUUUCGAGUGGCAAAACAAUCUUUUACGAACGAGCGCACCGAGUGAGUAAAAUAUUGCUUUUUCCACGAGAAAAGAAAAUUCAUAUCUUCAAGCCACCGUUUAAUGUUCUUUUAUUAUAUAGACAAAAAGACAUCGAUAAAAUAAUAGAGGGAAAUGACGGAAAUUACGUCAACGAUAAACUUACGUGUGAGAUUAUGGAAAAUAAACCACUCGGGUCCCGGAUGUAGUUUUUGUGAAUUUUACGAGUGGUAUAUUUUCCAGUAAAACACUCGUGUCUAUAUAAUAAUAUAUAAAGAUUAUUCCUACAUGCACUUUUAACAUACUCUCCCGUUGUACGAUAGACAUUUGUGAACAAGGCUGAAAAAGAGAAACCAUGCAUCAACCAGUGCUGUGAUCAGAUUCCAUGCGUCCAUGGAGGCACCUGUACUGAGUCAUGUGAAGACGCUAAAAAUAAGUUCAACUGUACAUGCGCAGUGGGAUAUUACGGCAGAUUUUGUCAGAAAAGAAGAGCAACGUCUUGCAAAGAGCAACUACGGAAAAACAAAGGGAGCAAGUCCGGAGUGUAUCAACUAUUUGACCCAACGAAUAUGACCGUAUACGAAGUCUUCUGUGAUGCUGUCUCUGAAAAAGGGUUCAUUUGGACUUUGAUCGAAUCUUUCAGCCUUCGUAACAAUCAUGAAUUUAAGGACAAAGCAUUUUACAAAGACUAUCCAAAAAAUCAGGAAGCUUUUACAUGGGGCAAGUUUCGUCUGUCUUUGCCACGUAUGACAGCCACAGCAAACCGUUCAACGCACUUGCGAGCAACGUGCAACUUUAACACUGAAGGCCUUAAAUACAGAGAUUACUUAAGGGCCAAGUUGAAUGAUAUCGACGUUAUACGCUUGAAUUUCGACGGAUGUAAAAAAUACGAAUUUAUUAGCAUCCGAGGAUAUAACUGUAGCAACUGUACGGCUCAGUUCGUCCAAAGAGAUUAUUGGCAUGCGCAUACUGAUUCGUUUUGGGGUCCAAAGAUGGGGUGUCAGUUUACCAGCCAAUCCACAGGUGCAGUGAAUGCACGCAGAGGGGAGGAUAACUUCGGAUGGUAUGAAACAGUCAAUCGGGUUCACAGAUGUACAUCUAGUGAUGAUUCAACAACACAGUGGUGGCUUGGAGUUCGGCGUCACUAG